AUGGAGGGCAUCAAGCGUGCGUUUGAGCAGUGCAAAAAUGAGGGCCGGAGCGCCCUGGUGACCUAUGUCACGGCAGGGUACCCCAAGCCAGAAGACACGCCCGAGAUCCUCCUGGCCAUGGAGCGUGGAGGCGCAGACGUGCUCGAGCUCGGUGCGCCCUUUACCGACCCCAUCGCCGAUGGUCCCACGAUCCAGACAGCCAACACAGUCGCCCUCAAGAAUGGCGUCACAAUACAGACUACCCUCAACAUGGUUAAGAUCGCGCGGAGUAAGGGUCUGAAGGCACCGGUCAUGCUCAUGGGCUACUAUAACCCCUUGUUGAGCUACGGCGAGGAGCGCCUGUUGAAGGACUGCCAUGAGAGUGGUGUGAAUGGCUUCAUUGUCGUCGAUCUGCCUCCCGAGGAGGCCGUCUCCUUCCGCAAGCUGUGCACACGUGGAGGCUUAUCUUACGUCCCUCUGAUUGCUCCAGCCACCUCCGAAGCCCGUAUGAAGAUCCUUUGCCAGCUCGCCGACUCAUUCAUCUACGUUGUGUCGAGACAAGGCGUUACGGGUGCCACGGGCACCAUGAACGCCAAUCUCCCAGACCUGGUCGCCCGCGUCAAGAAGUACAGCGGCAACAAGCCGGCCGCUGUUGGCUUUGGCGUCAGCACUCGUGAUCACUUCCUCAGCGUCGCGCAGGUCGCCGACGGUGUGGUCGUGGGCAGCCAGAUCAUCUCGACGGUGCAAAAGGCCCAGACCGGCGAAGCUUACAACGACGUGGAGAAGUUUUGUGCCUACCUUGGAGGACGCAGCGGUACCACCAAUGGCCAGACGCGCGAAGUUGGCAUCAUUGAGACCCUGUCUGCCGCCAAAGAGCCCAGUGGCGAGAGCGUCACGGUGGAGGGGGUCAUCACCAACGAAGACCGCUUGACAGCUGAACAGGACACCGAUCUCGUGUCACAGCUCGCUGCCUUGCACGGCAAGAUACCCGAUCGCUUUGGCGAGUACGGUGGCCAGUACGUGCCCGAGAGUCUCAUGGACUGCUUGUCCCAGCUCGAAGAGGGAUUCAACUCCAUCAAGGACGACCCCGCCUUCUGGGAGGAGUAUCGCUCGUACUACGAGUUCAUGGGACGCCCUGGCCGUAUGCAUCUGGCCGAGCGUCUCACCGAGCAUGCGGGAGGUGCCAACAUCUGGUUGAAGCGAGAAGACCUGAAUCACACUGGUAGCCACAAGAUCAACAAUGCCCUCGGACAGCUCCUGCUUGCCCGGAGGUUGGGCAAGACCAAGAUCAUUGCAGAGACUGGCGCUGGGCAACACGGUGUCGCCACCGCUACCGUCUGUGCCAAGUUUGGCAUGGAGUGCACAAUCUACAUGGGAGCCGAAGAUGUCCGCCGUCAAGCGCUGAACGUCUUCCGUAUCCGUCUCCUCGGCGCCAAGGUCGUCGCCGUCGAGGCGGGCAGCAAGACGCUCCGCGACGCCGUGAACGAGGCCAUGCGCGCUUGGGUGACGGAACUCGACACCACCCACUACAUCAUCGGGUCUGCCAUUGGACCUCAUCCCUUCCCUACCAUUGUCCGCACUUUCCAGUCGGUCAUCGGCGAGGAGACCAAGAAGCAGAUGCUCGAGAAGCGCGGCAAGCUCCCCGAUGCCGUCGUCGCCUGUGUCGGUGGCGGCAGCAACGCCGUCGGCAUGUUCUACCCCUUCUCCAACGACCCCAGCGUCAAGCUUCUCGGCGUGGAGGCGGGCGGUGACGGUAUCGACACGGCACGACACAGCGCCACCCUCUCUGGCGGUACCAAGGGUGUGCUGCACGGCGUGAGGACAUAUGUGCUCCAGAACGAACACGGCCAGAUCCAGGAAACCCACUCUGUCUCCGCGGGCCUUGAUUACCCCGGCGUCGGUCCCGAGCUGAGCUCCUGGAAGGACAAUGAGCGCGCCAAAUACGUGGCGGCCACCGAUGCCGAGGCGUUCAUUGGCUUCCGCCUCAUGAGUCAGCUCGAGGGCAUCAUUCCUGCGCUCGAGACGGCGCAUGGUAUCUACGGAGCCAUCGAGCUCGCCAAGACAAUGAAGAAGGGCGAGGAUCUGGUCAUUUGCGUCAGCGGCCGAGGCGACAAGGAUGUGCAGAGUGUCGCGGAGGAGCUCCCGAAACUGGGUCCCAAGAUUGGCUGGGAUCUCAGGUUUUGA